UAAUGACAAUGUCAUCCAGACACGGACAAAGUUAUCUCCCUUGAAUAUGUUAUACGAAAAUAAACUUUAGCUAGCUCUAUCUCUCGCCAUCUUGGAAUUUCAACACGAAGUUGGAGAAGUGCCACUCUGAAUUACUAAAGACAAUUCGAAUGGCGGGCUUGCCGAGGAGAAUUUUAAAGGAAACACAGCGACUGAUCCAGGAACCAGUGCCUGGUAUUAGUGCGGUGCCUGAUGAAAAUAAUGGUAGAUAUUUCCAUGUUGUUAUAAAGGGACCAGCAGAGUCUCCAUACCAUUCAGGAAUGUUUCAAUUAGAAUUAUUUUUACCUGAAGAGUACCCAAUGUCUGCUCCCAAAGUCAGAUUUAUGACGAAGAUUUAUCAUCCCAAUAUAGAUAAACUUGGUAGAAUUUGUUUAGAUAUUCUUAAAGAAAAAUGGAGUCCGGCACUACAAAUCAGAACAGUACUUCUUUCCAUCCAGGCAUUAUUGAGUGCCCCCAACCCUGAUGACCCUUUAAGUAAUGAUGUAGCUGAACAGUGGAAGGCCAACGAACAGCUGGCAUUAGAAACAGCGAAAGAAUGGACUCAGAAGUAUGCUAAAGACAAAAAGAACAAUAUACAAUGAUAAAAUGAACUUAGAGAAAGAAAUACAAUCAAGAUAUGAUUUAAGAUGAUGUAUAAUAUUCAAAGACAAUUUUAGAAUUUAAGUCACAAGACGACAACAUGUUUGUUGCUGUAAGCCUGAUGACAUCGCUAUGAAUUUCAACAUUCAAUAACUACGGCUCAAAAAUGGAAACAAACCUUGUCAAGAUGGCUUUUAUUAUGUGUGUCUCCAGUUUAUUGUGAUCCAUCAAGACUUGUACAGAAUCCAUUGUCCCCCUUGAUCCACAGUGAUCCACUUUUUCACAUGAAAAUUAUUUAAAGGGAUUGUAAAGAGGUUGUUUAAAUUUUUUAUGUGUAUC